UGGGGAUGAGGCGAGGUCGCAGCAAAACCGAGGUUCUUGGUUCCGAGCUGGGUUUCUCAGGACCGGACUGACACUUGCGACUCCUGUCCGAGUCGCGUUGUGCAUUCCGGGAGAGAGAAGUGGCGGCGCCAGAGGCCCCUCCGCAGCCCAGGACUGAAUCCGCCACGCAGGCGCCAGUGACGCCGCCGCCAUUGUUGCCGUGGCCUCUUGAGCCGUUCGGAGUGCGCGGCGGCCGGAUCCCAGCGAAAGGGUCUCUUACUCAUCCUUAUAAGUUCUGGGCUCAAAAUUUGUAACUAAGGCUGCUAUCUUCAUCCUGUUCUGCCUCCAGCUGCCGCAGCUCUUGAUAUGUUUUUGUGGCUGUAAAAUGAUACUCCAAGCAGUUGGCUCAUUACUGGAGAAAUAAAAGAUAUUGCCAGCUUGACUGUCUAAAUCUGUAGCCAUGUUCGCCUCAAGAAAGAGGAUGAACAAUUCUUCACGUUCCCAAAUCCUUCGGAUGUGGAAGCCAAACAAGCCCCAAGGUGGACUUCACAAUUUAGAAAAGCAAACUCUUACUCCAAGACUCUUGUGUGAUACUGAGACCUGUCGACAGAAUUUUAGGAAUUUUCCAUACCCAGACAUGGCUGGUCCUCGAAAGGCAUUGAGUAAACUUCGAGAGCUCUGCCUUAAAUGGUUAAGACCUGAGAUCCACUCAAAGGAACAAAUCCUGGAGCUGCUGGUGCUAGAGCAAUUCCUAACCAUCCUUCCCGGUGAGGUUAGGACGUGGGUCAAGUCCCAGUAUCCAGAGACUACAGAGGAAGUGGUGACUCUGGUGGAAGAGUUGACUCGGAUUCUAGAAGAGGAAGCUCCUCAGAAUUGUGCCCUUCCCCAAGAUACUGCAGAGGAAGACACCAGAGGAAAAUACGCUUUUCAGUCAGAGUGGUUCACUGACUUGGUGACAGAAGAAUCAAUGACAUUCAAAGAUGUGGCUGUGGACAUUACUCAAGAGGACUGGGAGCUAAUGCGUCCUGUACAGAAGGAACUGUACAAGACUGUGACAUUACAAAACUAUUGGAACAUGGUUUCUCUCGGACUGACUGUGUACAGACCAACUGUGAUUCCCACACUGGAAGAACCAUGGAUGGUGAUAAAAGAAAUUUUAGAAGGCCCUAGUCCAGAAUGCAAAACUGAAGCCCAAGCAUGUAUUCCAGGAGAGAAUGUUCCUGAAUUCAAACAAGAUGGAACACAAACCGUCAAGUUGGAAGAUCUUUAUGACUAUGAUGAUGGAUUAGAGAGGCAAGCAACAGAUACCUUCAGUAAAAUUCCCAUCAAUGAAAGAAAUUUCAGUUUGAAGUCAAUCUUUUCACAAGAUGAUCCUACAGAAGAAUAUCUUAGUAAAUAUGACAUAUAUAGAAAUGAUUUUGAAAAGCACUUAAACCUAACUAGACAGUUUGAUACCCAAACAGAUAAUAAAACUUUUACAUAUAGUGAAGACAAGCCAGUCUUUAAUAAUUUCUCAUAUGGUACUGUAUAUAGGAAAAUACUUCCUGGAGAUAAGCCUUAUAAAUGCAAUGUGUGUGGGAAAAAAUUUAGGAAAUACCCAUCCCUCCUGAAACACCAAAGUAGCCAUGCCAAAGAGAAAUCUUACGAAUGUGAAGAAUGUGGGAAAGAGUUUAGGCAUAUUUCAUCCCUCAUUGCACAUCAGAGAAUGCAUACCGGAGAAAAACCAUAUGAAUGCCACCAGUGUGGUAAAGCCUUCAGCCAGCGUGCACACCUUACUAUACAUCAGAGAAUUCAUACUGGAGAAAAACCCUAUAAAUGUAAUGAUUGUGGAAAAGACUUCAGUCAGCGCGCGCACCUUACUAUACAUCAAAGAACCCAUACUGGAGAGAAACCAUAUAGAUGCUUGGAAUGUGGUAAAACCUUCAGCCAUAGUUCAUCACUAAUUAAUCAUCAAAGAGUUCAUACUGGAGAAAAACCUUAUAUAUGCAAUGAAUGUGGAAAAACUUUUAGUCAGAGUACACACCUCCUUCAGCAUCAGAAAAUACAUACUGGAAAGAAACCAUAUAAAUGCAAUGAGUGUUGGAAAGUAUUCAGCCAGAGCACUUACCUUAUUCGACAUCAGAGAAUUCAUUCUGGAGAAAAGUGUUAUAAAUGCAAUGAGUGUGGAAAGGCCUUUGCUCAUUCCUCAACUCUUAUUCAGCAUCAGACUACUCACACUGGAGAGAAAUCCUACAUAUGUAAUAUAUGUGGGAAAGCCUUCAGCCAGAGUGCAAACCUUACUCAGCAUCAUAGAACACAUACUGGAGAAAAACCAUAUAAAUGUAAUGUGUGUGGGAAAGCAUUCAGCCAGAGUGUGCACCUGACUCAACACCAGAGGAUUCAUAAUGGAGAAAAACCCUUUAAAUGCAAUAUAUGUGGGAAAGCAUAUAGACAAGGUGCAAAUCUUACUCAGCAUCAAAGAAUCCAUACUGGAGAGAAACCCUAUAAAUGUAAUGAAUGUGGGAAAGCUUUUAUUUAUUCCUCAUCGCUUAAUCAACAUCAGAGAACUCAUACUGGAGAGAGACCCUAUAAAUGUAAUGAAUGUGACAAAGAUUUUAGCCAGAGAACAUGCCUUAUUCAACACCAGAGAAUUCACACAGGAGAGAAACCCUAUGCAUGUCGAAUAUGUGGUAAAACCUUCACUCAGAGUACAAAUCUUAUUCAGCAUCAGCGAGUUCAUACAGGUGUCAGACAUCGUAAUUAAUGGAUUUUUGAGAUUUAAGUUUUUCAAUUUGGUCACUUUAAUUUUGUAUGCUCUGUGUGCUAAAAGAUUCAAAAGAAAUCUGAAGGAGUACAAUAUAUAUUAGAUAUCACUCAGCAGAAUUACCAGAAUUCAUAAUAUGGAUAUACUCGUUAAAACUUAAUGUGAAAUGUAAAAAAGGAAACUUCGUUGACUUCUUGAACUUUUUUGGUGUCAGUUUAACUCAUUUUAGAAAGAAACUUUAUGAAAAGAUAUUCAAGAAACAUUCCUCAAUUCUCAAGGUAAUUCAAGUAUUUCUUUAGAGGCCUUAUGAGUGUAACUUGGGGUACAGUCCAUCAAGUACAGAUUUCACACUAGAGAGUAAUCCUAAGAUCACAGAAAGAAAAAUGCUAUUUUCAGGCCUUUAUUUCAUCCCAGUUUUGAAACCUUAAAAUAUGUAAAGGUUUCCCUUUGGUCUUUUCCUAUGCCAUUACUGCCAUAUGAAACCAGUGGGUUUUAGGAAAAAAAAAAUUGAAAGUAUCCCAAAGAUUUCUGUGACCACUAUUUAACUGUGCUUUCCCUCAAAUACUGAAAAAUUAAAGAGAAACUUAAUGGAAAAUGAUGUUGAGACAGACAAGCUAGUGUGUAUAACCUUUAGGCAUGUGUACAGACCUAAGCAGACAAAAUUUGAGCACCUCAAUCUUAUGCUAAUGUUUAAAACAGGUAUGCCUUAGGUUUUGACAUCCAAAGUCAUCUUGAAGGAUAAAAGUAAACAUACAGUUCCUGUUUUUUUUCACCUGACUCCUAAAUUCAUAACUUAAAGUUCCCUUGUGGCUCUUUUACUGUAGGAAAUCCGUUUCUUCCACUGAAACGUAUUUCUUGAGUGCCCCCCUGUCCUUUCAGGUCCCAGAUUUCCUGAUUGAACCCUUUCAGGGCUUGUUAUGGUGCUGAAAAUCACAGCUGAUUAAACAACAAAGUGUUCGGCAGUUAUGCAAAAAGGACAUGAUCUUAAGUAUUUAGUUACAGAAUGAGCAUAAGAAACUUGCUAAAAUGGUUGCAGGUAUAACCCCAAAGCCCAAGUCAGGACGUAAUGAAGGCAGCUAUCAAAAUACUGUGCGUAAGAAAUGGAAAAGUGGAUCUGAGUUCACCACAGAGUGAGUCAGGGUAAAAUCAAGGUGAAAGGCGCCUGAGGAAAGAAAAGACCACUGACAAAGCAGAUCUAACGACUUGGUACAUGAAGAAAGUGAAAAAUGAAAUUUAGCCUAUUUGUAAGAAAAAGGGAAAUGGUAGCUUUUAAAGGAAUAAUUACAAACCUGAUACUCCUUCAUACAUGCAAGUAAAUUAGAGGUUACUCAAAUACAUCAAAAAAAUUUUUCCAUUGGAAGAAUAUUGUACAGAAACUUCAUUGCUGUAGUGAUCAUUAAAGCUAAGUUUAUGGGGCUACAGAACAUAAUUGGGAAGCUGGCAGAGAUAGGUUUUAAAAAUACUGUUGAUCUAAUAUCCAUAGUUUUCCACCCACAAUAUGAGACUGGGGUUCCAUUUGGCUUGUAUUUGUUUCUCCAGUGCCUUGCAUAUUGCACAUGAUCAAUACAUGUUGGUCGAAUUAAUGAAUAUGUAAAUUAGAGUUGAGUAAAUGUAGAACUGACUAGCAUGGAGUAAAAAUUGGCAAAACAAAAACAAUGUGUGAAUAUUUAAAAGGAAUGUUUAACGACUGUUGAGUAUUUAUUUACCAGGUAAUAGGAGCUACUUAAAAACGGAAAAAUCAGAAACCUUUCAAGGUGACAAAUUUCUUGGGCUGCAUAUGAAAUACAUAACAGUUAACACCUUGUCAGACACCUUUGCACAAAGAAGUUUUCCUGAGCUAAAUAGGGGAAACUGAUGAAUUCUGCUACCUUAAAUAUUUGUUUGAGCAUGUAUUGACCAUACAGUUUGAUUUAAACAUAAUGUGUUUAUAUAAACAUCCUGCAAAUUGGUGAUAGGAGGAAAGGGUGCCAGCAACUUCAAAGCUAUUAUUGUUGACUAUUUUUCUUAAAGAAAGUGUUGCUUUCCCUUUUCCUGACAUUAGUUAACCUUGAUUUCAUUGUGUCAUCCUUCACAAAGUACAGGUUGCAAAAUACUCAAAUUAUGCUUAAUCCCAUAGUUUUUUUUUAAAAAAUAACAAUUGUAUUUCUGGUGUUGCUUCAUCUCACACAAUACUUCUGUCCUCUGGAAUGAAAGUUUGGAGUGUUACAGUCUGUAUCUUUCUUUGCAUUACUCCACAUUUUCUGCCUUUGUGUUUUAUGUAAAUAGUGCACUUAUAAAGUCUUCCAUUGAUACCCACAGGUAACUGAUGCCAUUAUAAAAAUAAUAGAAUAUAAUAGUACGGAAUACUAGGAUUUUGUGCGUGUUUUUCUCCCUGCUUGUAGAAUUGUCUGAACCAUGAGUAACUCUUUUUUUUUAGUAAAUAGCCUUAUUUUCACCAACUCUUUGUUAAACAAGUUGUAAAAUAUGCGUAGAAGUUUUAAAAUAAUAAAAUGAACUAUAUCCACUGCUGGAUUUUAAAACUAACAUAUUUGCCAUAUUUUGUGCAUAUUACUAAACAGUUGGAAUUUCUCCUCUAAAUGCACCUCAUAGAAAUGAGGACAGUGGUUUCCACAACCACAGAGUCGAAAGAAAAUGAACAGUCCUCUAAAACGCUUGUCUAAAUCCGUAGUGUCUAUUUGCACUUCUAAAGAAAAGCUGAUCCAGUCAGUUUUCACACUUGGAUCUGUUUCAUGUCCCAAGCAAGUCAGACUUUGAUUUGCUUGGGCUGUUCAAGGUGACAAAUUUCUUGGGCUGAAUAUCAAAUAUAUAACACAGUUAAUAACAUACAAGGAUCAAAACUUCCAUUUUUAUAUGAGUGAGGACGACAUUUUUUAGAAGCAGGCAGGCAGCCUGUGGGCUGCAGAUUGGACUUGCCCAAGAGUCCCGACCUUUUGUUUUCCCUCUUUUUACAAAAACAAGUCAGUUAUGUGGUGUUUGACAUUUGGGAUUUAACUGUUGACGUGUACAAGUGCUAUAUUGUAUUUUUGAAGUUUCUGGAAAUUAGAAGUUAAGAUCAAAGGUUUGGUUGACCGAGGGUAAACAUAACCCUUAAUUGAUCUAUUUUCUCUUGCAUCAUUGUCUGGCUGUCAGGUUGACUCACUGUCAGUGAUGUGACAUUCGAUCAUAGAGUUCAAGUGAUAAUCACCAGUUCUUCCCAGGAUAAAGUUACUUUGGCCUGUUGUAAUUAACAUUCUGGACCAACAGUGGGAAAGCAUAUGGACCAGGUGGUUAUAUUCAUACCCAAUACUAAGCCCUACCUUAGUUAACUUUUUCAUCAAAGAUAGCAAAUGGUGAUUUUCUAAUUCUGUUCUUUCCAUAUUCAUUGGGUACUAAUCUCCAAGAAAGAACUUUCCCUUGUUAGUUUGGAAUGCACUUAAUGACAGGGUUAUUCUCAAUUCUUUUCCUUUAAUGACCACUUUAGAGGUUUAAUUACCAGUAAGGUAUUUGGUGGUAUUAUCUGCAGAGAUGACAAAUCACACGAUGUGUUACUCAAUUACGGUGGUUUCUGAUGUGUAAAGUGUCCCAAAUUUGGCUAGUCAGAACCCACCAAAGUAUCUUUUUUAUGUUCUUUUUCACAUCCCCCUCUAGUUAUUGGGCAUUUAAUUUCCUUCUAACCCAGGUAUCUCUGAUUCUCUCUGCACUUCAGUCCCUUAGAUAUGGAAUGAAACAUUUCUCUAGAAAUUCUUUUUAACAGACAGCUACUUAGAAACCAUGAUCUGGUUACAGUGCAUGUUCAUUGUGGCAGCUGAAAUAUCAUUAGCCUUAGUUCUAAAUGUUCAAUUUGGUUUCCAUAGUGAAGAAAUUCUGCACUUAGUUUAUUGGCUACAUAAUGUCUUAAUUAUGUAAUCAGAGAUACAGUUACGUAAGUGGAAUAAACUUUGAGGCACAAAUAACUCAUCCUGAGCAUACAAACUAAAUUGAACAGAACAGAAUUGUUUAGAAAAGAGAAAAUUUAAUCACACAUAGCCUUAUGCCAAGAUUAUCAGGAACAUUUAUAGAGAAAAUAUAGUUUGUCAGUUAAUCUGGCAAGUGAAUUAAAUAGACAACAAGAGGAUAUAUAUGUAUAAUUUCUACUAUAUUGUGUUCUAACUAUUAUGUAUCUUGAUAGUUUAUAAACUUAGUCACCUGUUCCUUUUUUUUUUUUUUCUAUUCAGAGGGUUGAACCCACGGCACAAAUACUACCAGCUCCACACACAAACCCAUUCCAUCACUGUUUUUUGUUUUAUUGUAUUUUGUUUCUGUCUUUUUGACACAGAGUUUCACUGUGCAAUUCAAACCUUGAACUCAUGUAGCCUAGGCUGGCCUCAAACUUGCAGCAAUCCUCCUGCCUCAGUCUCCCAAGUGCUGGGACCACAGAUGUGUACCACCGUACCCAGCUACUGUUUGAUCUUCACACCUUGAAGGCACUAAAUUUCAUUAUCUUUGCAUGUCAAUUCACUUGCAUUUGUAUAUAUAUUCUUCAUCCUGUUGUUCACCCAGUGGCCCUUGCUUUACCCUGGUAGCCCCUUUGAACACUAGAAUAAUUACAAAUGGCAAUCCAUAUAAAUACAUGCAUAAAAUUGUGAUCAACAUUUGUCUUCCACUGUAUAGAUGGGGAAAGUCAGACCUGUGAUGUCUUGCAUGAGGUCUUAUGCCACAGAGUAACACAAUAAGGAUGAGAACCCAUAAUCCCAACUUGUAAUUGUGUUCUUAUUGUAAAAUAAUGGUAAAUAGAGGUUUUAGUACAAACUAUACAGUUUUAUAAAAUUACAGUUAUAAAAACCUACAGUUUUAUAAAACUAGGUAUUUUUGAGAUUAGAGCAUUGAAAAAGUCUUUUACCUGUUUUUAUCUUCUCUCCCAUAUAGUUUCUUCAAAUCUUUCAGAGUAGCGAAGCUUGGGAUGCACCUCCCCCUUCCAAUUUUUGGUCUCCCAUCCAGACGCUUCCCGAGUUUGAGAACUAUAUAGUCAGUGAUCACCUGGAACUGUCUCACAAGAUCUUUAACUGUUAUGGUCAAACCUGAAUUGUUUCUAACCCCCAAACCUUUUCUUUUUAAAUUCAUUAUAACUUUGAUAAGGAAGCUAGAAGUUGUUAUCUUUGAUAAUUGUCUUAAUCCUAUUGAUUUUACAAGCAAGUUGCCUGUUUGAUGCCUACCGAAUGGAGGCAAACACUGUGUCCAGAAGUGGCAAAGUAGCUGGACAUGGACUAAAAUGGAAUUUUAUAGUCAGUCGAGCAUCAUCCUUACGCUCAGGUCCUAGGAAGCCCCAACUACUGAAGUACUAGAGUACCACUAAUAUGAAGAUGAUCAAGGCUACAAGGAGGGAUACUCAUGGUUCUGCCCUUCCAGGAACCUAAAGAAAGAAGGUCAUGGAUGACAUUUGACUUUUAAAUGACUAUAGUGAAGAAAAAAAGUCUGAAAACUACGAAAAAGAAAAAAGAAAUAGCUCAAACCUGUGUGAGCAAAGAACAUAAUGGCCAUUUUCCCCUUAUUUUCAGAAGUAAAACUGUAAAACACCAGAGAAACGAAGAAGCCAAAGAUUCGGGUCUACCUUAAAACACUUAUAAGCCAACCAGGAUUAUGCACCAAAGUGAGAGGUCAAAUGAAAACCUGGAAAUGGUUCUAAAAGCAGGCCAUGAAUUUUGAUAUUUUAGCCAGCACCUUGAAUUCCCAGAUCUAGGUGAAUACUGUUCCAUUUCUCUGCCAAGAUUGGGCAAAAUAUUGCUGGCUGGAAGUUCAAGCUAAAGGUGAUUUUUACAGUUUCACAUGUUUGGGAAAAUACAAAAGUAUUUGAUGACAUACGAAAGUUGUAUGAAAUUCAAAUUUCAGUGUGAAUAAAGUUUGUUGGAUUAUC